UGCGCUAAAGCGGUCCUGAUAGGCUAAAUCUCGGGCGAGAAAAACGCCUUGUAACAUUAAAUAGGCGUUACUUGGGUCGCGUGAUACAAGGAAAUAAAAAGUGCAAGGAGUAGGUAGUCAGCAUUCACACUCUGAAAGCUGGCUGAGGACCUAUAAAGGUUUUAGGGUCACACAAAAAAGAAACAUGGAUGCCCAGACUGGUUUCAUCGUUUUGCUCUGCUUAAUGGGAUUCACCUGUGCGGAUCCAGUGAAAUUCAUCGACUGCGGCUCCUCUGCUGGCGAAGUGGUCAUGGUGGACAUUAACCCCUGUGUCAGUCAGCCAUGCCAGCUACACAAAGGGCAGUCCUACAGUGUCAAUGUGACCUUCAAAAGUGCUGUGGAGAGCCAGACAAGCACAGCGUUGGUUCAUGGUAUUAUUGCAGGAGUACCAGUCCCCUUCCCCAUUCCCAUCGAAGAUGGCUGCAAGUCUGGAAUUCAGUGUCCCAUCCAGAAUGGGCAGCAGUAUCACUAUCAGAACUCUCUUCCUGUGAAGUCUGAGUAUCCCCCAAUAAAGCUGACGGUGGAGUGGGAACUGAAAGAUGACAACAAAAACGACUUGUUCUGCAUCAAGUUCCCAGUUCAGAUUGUGAGCUAAACUAGCAACAGUACCUCCUCCUCUAAAGUGGUGUGUUUGGGGUUGUUUUUUUGUUUGGUUUUUUUAAAAAGGGAUUUAGCAUGGAGUAAAAACCUAAAGAAUGUAAAUGACUGUAGUUAAGAUCUAAUUUUAUUCAUUCAUCAAAUUGAUUUUUAAAGAUGCAUGUCUUUCACUAGUUUGCAAGACUUUGCUGCGCGCACACACAUCUUGAAACCUGCUUAAAUAAACUGAUAUUUCCAUGAUCCUCUAACAGUCAAUUUUAAGAGUUGUGUAUGUGGAAAUAAUGCGGUUAAUGUUUGUUAAUGACCCCGAACUACAUUCCCUAACAGUGCAAAUGUCUUGUUUUACUGGCUGCUGUGUAGUCAGAAAAGGUGCACACUAUCCUUUUUUUUUUUUUUUGUAAUUUCUCACUGACCUUGUACCACAAGACAUGUGGAACUGGAAUAUGGAAAAAAAAAAA